UCAACAAAAAUCCUGGCUACUCUCCUGUGGGGGGAGUAAGUGUGCAUCUGGGUGGGUCGGGUCCCCACCCUGCGUGGCUACGGAAGCGGAAAACAGCUCCGAAAAGGGUCCUCCUGAAAGCGCAUUAAAAACCGUGGCAAGUUACAGCAGCUCCUAAGAGUUAUUUCUCUACUCUUUGCCCUUGCCAAAAUGGAAAUAAUGUUUGCAUUAUUCAGAACUGAGUAAUGACAGCCACAAUGGCCUGGGACUUGUUUAUCAAGGUGCCAAUCAAAAGGCUAUGAGCUGUGAUAGCCACCUUCCCCAACAGUCAGUCAGCCUUCCAUGGCCUCUGAGCAUGUUCAGAAUUCAGUGGAGUAUUUCAGGGGGUUUUUCCCCUCACCUUUGAAAAAACAUUUUUUUAAACUGCCUGAAUAUUUUUGAACCAUUUGCAAACCUUGGGGUUUCCUCAAGCCUGCCGAUAUAUAUUUUUGGCUAUGUAAAGAUUGACACUUGUGCUUUGAACAUUGGAAAUAGAAGGAGCAAUGGCUGAAUGGAACCUCCAUGGGGAAGUGGGAGGGACGGACGGCGACAGCAGCGAAGUCCUGUCAUAUAGCCGGCCUUUGCCAGGAAGAGAACUCUGGGCCAAAUGGACUCUUGGUUCGAUCCAUUUUGUGGGUGGGUGGGUGCUUUUAUUUGAUUCUCAUUUCAACUUCUUCCAGACAGGGUGCACGGCCAGGAAUAAAAGUGGCUGACCAGAAUGUCGCUUGUGCCAGUUCCAGGGGAGAAAAUGGAGGAAGGAGGAAGAGACCCUCAUCUCGGCCAGGUUGGGAGGUUUCUGUCUGGUGUCGGCAUAGAGCUGGUUAAAGGGGAGCGAGAUGAAGACUUGGUCCAGCACUGGGAGUGGCAGAAAUCCCAGGAGGGAACUGCAUCAGAAAGAGGCAAAUCCCAGGUGCCUGGAUUUGUAGGCCGGGACGAUGUGGCGUUAUCUUCAGCAUCGCCGAAGGCCAUCGCCGACGGCAACCGUGGGCCGAGAGGAAAGCUGGAGUCUCAGACUUUGCUGGGUCUCGUUGGAAAAGUCCCCAGAAGUCAGAGUUCUUCACUGAGCGUGGAAGGAGGGGUUCUGGAAAAGGAGAGGCAACGCCAGCGAUUCAGGCAAUUCUGCUACCGGGAGGACGAGGGACCCCGGGAGGUUUUGCGGAAGCUCCAGGGCCUGUGCCGCCAGUGGCUGAAGCCUGAUUCUCGUACGAAGGAGCAGAUCCUGGAGCUGGUGAUUCUGGAGCAGUUCCUGGACAUCCUGCCUUUAGAAAUGCAGGGCUGGGUUAGGGGCGAUGGCCCUGAGACCUGCGCCAAGGCGGUGGCCCUGGCAGAAGAUUUCUUACUUUGGAAGGAGGAGGUCGAAAUGCAGGAGCGUCGGCAAUAGAAAACUUUGGCGAUGCACCAAUGAUCAAACCGCACUUCCACCCACAAACCAGCAGCUAAAAGAAUGGGAA